AUGAAUGGAUACGGUACCGAUAUCGAUGAAAAUGGCGGAUACGGUACCCAAUCUGGAAUCUUAAAAAUCGCUUUUAAUUUAAGACGAUUUUUGGAACAACAUUGGUUGAAUUUAACUGCAGUUUGUUUUGUUCACUUCACUUUGAUGUCGUCAAUGAACAACAACAACAACAACAACCUAAACAGAGAACAUUACCCAUUUUCAUGUGGUAUUGAAUAUAAUGAUGUGUGUGAUCUAAGGAAUGAGGUUGAUAAUGCCUAUGAUACUGGAUUUGACUUUCUGGCAGUUCCAAUUGCACACCCACGUAACAAAAGAGAUAUUCGAUUGGAUCAACCUUUCACAAGAUCAGAUCUACUUUUGGAGUCUUCACAAUGGAAGUCGGUUAUAGUUGCGAAACUAUCUCCAUGGUUACAUGUAGAUUCAUUAGAUAUCACAAUUAGAAAGACAUCUAUCGAUGCAAUGAAACAAGAGAUAUCAUGGGCAGCACAUUUAGCAGUACCAGCAUUGAUGAUACCGACACCCACCAAAUCGAUAUCACCUUUUUAUGCUCAGAUAAUCAAUCAAACACUAAGUUCCUUGACCAACAUGCGGUUGUGGAUGAGAAUACCGUUAACUACACCAGAGUUGUCUUUGGAUAGAAGUGAAUCGGUGGCCGAUGAAACAAACAAUGACAAUUCAUCAGUAGCACCAGUAAAUACUUGGUGUAUUUGGAAUGAUUUCAGGACAUUGUGUAAUCAACAUCCAUCAUUGUUUGUAGUUUUAGAGAUGACAGCUGACCUACCUUCACCUUCGGUCAUCAAUCAAUGGCUAGGUGAACCAGUGAAAGCAAUCAUCAUACCAACAUCGAUUUUCGUAACCAAUCCAAAUGGAUAUCCAUCUCUAAUUCAAAAACACAGAGAGUUUCUUAGAAAGAUAUUCAAGUAUAAUAUUCAAUUCAUUCUAUCAGGUUGUGCUGAAAAUAUGCAAGAUUAUUUGAAAUAUAUCAAGUAUUUACAUGAGAAUCAAGAACCUAUUACAGAAGUGGAAUACUUUGAACAACCUUACUUGGAUUAUUUACAGAUGCCGUUGCAACCGUUGAUGGAUAAUCUCGAGUCGCAAACCUAUGAGAUCUUCGAAAGAGAUCCCGUCAAGUAUUUAGAGUAUAAGAAUGCAAUUCGUAAGGCACUACUCGCCACAACCACUCCCGAUUCGCUCACCACUGUUAUGGUGGUCGGUGCUGGCAGAGGACCGCUUAUCAAAUCGGCAAUUACAGCGUCACUCGAAGCCAGUCGUAAGAUCCGUGUGUUUGCCGUCGAAAAGAAUCCAAACGCCAUUGUCACACUGAGAAAUAGAAUAGUGAUGGAAGGAUGGCAAGAGAUUGUCACCAUCAUCGAGUGCGAUAUGCGUUACUGGCAGACGGAGGAACGCGCCGACAUCAUGGUUUCAGAGCUACUCGGUUCGUUCGGUGAUAACGAACUGAGUCCCGAGUGUCUUGACGGCGCUCAGCGAUUCUUGAAACCCAACGGAAUAAGUAUACCGACUUGGUACACCUCGUAUAUCGCACCGAUGUCAUCGUCGAAACUCUACAAUGAAGUGGCAUCUCAUACCAGUCUAAAGCAUUUCGAAACUCCCUACGUGGUGAAAGCACAUAAUUUCCAUCAGAUAGCAACCUCCAAACCGUUGUUUACAUUCACUCAUCCCAACCCAGAGGUUACCAAGACUAUCGGAGAACAAAAGCAUUCGUUACAACCAAUAGUGAUAGAUAACGAUCGAUUUGAAACCAUUGAUUUUUCAGUGGAAAACGAUACAAUGCUACAUGGAUUCAUCGGAUACUUUGAUUGUUGUUUAUAUGACGAUGUUCACAUUAGUAUAAACCCUGCCAACUUUUCAACAGGAAUGUUCAGUUGGUUCCCAAUUUAUUUCCCCAUCAAAGAACCAAUAAAUAUUCAAAAAGGAAACAAGAUAACAUUGCAAUUUUGGAGAAAUUCAAAUCGAUCAAAAGUAUGGUAUGAAUGGACUGUUACAUCACCAUUAGUCGCACCCAUUCAUAACACAGGAGGUAGAUCUUAUUGGAUUGGUUUAUAA